CCAUCUAUUUGCCGUGUUAUUGGUCUUUCUCCGUCCCUCUCCUUCUAAGCAAAGACUCUUUCCUUUUAUAUAUAAUAAUUUAGUAUUUUUGCCCUUGCCUUCUACCGCUUCGAAUUCAAGUCUCUGAUGGUAUCAUUCUUCUGCAAUUCUUAGUCAGUUGUUCGCUUCUUCUCCGUUUCUGUUAAACCUUGAUCAUAUCGAGUUCUUCGCGUUUGCCGGGAUUUGAAUUUUGUGGUGCAAUUUGGUUUUCAGGGUAAGUUUCAUCCCCAGAUGGUAAAAGUUCUGCAAUUUCAGUUUUUGGUUGAAAAUUUUCUCAUUUGCUGUCACUUAUUUAUAAUCGGACUUGGGUUUCGGAGGAAUUGCUUAAAUUUGUUCUCUUUUUUUCUCAGGUUGGUAUUUGCAUUUUAGGGUUUCACUUGGUUUCCGUUCUUUAGUGAUUAGGAUUUCUUCAUAUUCAGAAUUUCUUAUUGCGGUGUGGCUAAGAUCUUUCAAGAGCAGUACUGAGUAGCAUUUAUAGUCUAAAUUUUUUAUAAAAAAAAUCCUAAAUUUUUCUUUGAUCCACUAUUAUUCUAGUGUUUCCACCUUGUCUACCUGUAAUGGACGACGGGGAGGUUGAUUUUUCGAAUCAAGAAAUGUUUUUGGGUAACAAUAACAUUGGUGAGAUUCCAAGCAGCUGCUCAGUGGACAAUUUUAUGGAAGAGUUAUUCAAGGACGCUCAUGCUUGCACACAUGCACAUACUUGCAACCCAGCUGGCCCUGAUUCAUCCCAUACACACACUUGUUUUCACGUGCAUACCAAAAUUGUUCCUGCCCCAGAUGAAGAUAAGGCAGCCACUGAUGACACUGCCGAGUCUACUGAGCAGAAAUCAAAGAAACGUCCCUUAGGUAAUCGAGAAGCUGUUAGAAAGUACAGGCAGAAGGUUAAGGCACGGGCGGCCUCAUUGGAGGACGAGGUUGUAAAAUUGAGGGCCAUAAACCAGCAGUUGUUGAAGAGAUUGCAGGGUCAGGCAGCUUUGGAGGCUGAGAUUGCGAGGCUCAAGUGUUUGCUUGUGGACAUCCGAGGAAGAAUUGAAGGGGAAAUUGGCUCAUUUCCUUAUCAGAAACCCACCAAUGUUAACACGCCUGCUAUGAGUUUUCCUGGUGCAUAUGUGAUGAAUCCUUGCAACGUUCAAUGCAAUGAGCAGGUUUAUUGCCUUCACCCUGGAGUGGAGGAGAAAGCAGGAGAAGGUCCAUCAUUGAAUGGACAAGGAAUGAGUGGCUGUGACUUUGACAAUCUUCAGUGUUUUGCUAAUCAGAACAUGGGAGGGAAGGAGCUUUCUCAAUGUGGAGUUGGAAAUGCAAGGUCCAAUGGCAAUGCUUCUGGCGGCAAAAGGAGGAAAGGGGCUUUUGUGGCAACAGCAGGUUGAAGAGCACCUUGCAGGGUUAUCCUUAUUCUGCAGGAGUACAUAUUUUCUUCCAAUAAUUAGUUUUCUAAAGCUGCUGUACUGUCCUUCAGGUCGCUGUGUUAUUUAUUUAUUUAUUUUCGCCUUUUCUUUUCCUUGUUUCCUUUCUCUACCCUUCUUGUGGAAGAGUUUUAUGACAUAUUUUUGUAACCCAACUUUAGUUGGAUUUUCUGCUAUUAGUUACUUGUUCAAUUAGUUUUGCUCAUAAUUCUACAAGCAAAAGUAUGUUAGGAACUUUUGGGGUUUUUUGGUAGCUUUAAAGCAGAGACCAUAUUGUGAUUUCCUAUAAAGCUAUAAUGACCUCAAUUAAGGUGUUUUCCCAUAUUCAUUACUUUAUUAAUCAGCAACUUAUAUAUCACUUACUCCAAGUGCUAUUACUGGUGUACUAUUUUGCUGAUUUUCCUUUGAAGUUUGCUUUGGUGUGGAGCUGUUCUCUCAUUCUAAGCUCUAUGAAUUCUUCAUUGUUGAAUUACAGAAUUUAGGGAAGGUGAAAUGUCUUUGAUGUUUCGAUACACUGAGCCAUAACAGGUGAGAAAUAGAUUUCAAUUCCUACAUCAAGAACUUCUGCUUUGAAUAGGAAGCUAAAAAAAUUAGCUUCCUUGGAUAGUCUUUUAGCAAUUCAGAUUCUGAUAUCACAUUGCAUCAACAUAACGUGGGAAGUUUGCUCCUUUUUGUUGCGUACUAAAGGUGCUGGAUGCCUGCCAGUGAGGACACACUGCCUUUUAUCUGAGUUUUUGGUUAAUAACCUAAUAUAGGAGUUCUGAAAAUGAAUGGCUGAGCUGCCAAUUAUGAGCCGGGACUGAUGUUGCCUGUGAGAUUGGUGGCUGUAGCCUCCCUGCCAUGAUUGAAGCAAUAAAAGGUGUGGCUUUAAACUUUGUAAAAAAGAAGAAAUUGUUUAGGUGUGCAAUUUUAAAUUAAUACAUGUCUUAAAGCUGGGAAUCAAUGAUAUUACGUAAG